AUGACUCUACACAAUGCUGUCACCACCAUCAGACACACAAUAGAAAACAUUGACCAGACGAUCCUCACCGAACGCGAGCGCAAAGCACUCUUGGAGCUCAACGACUCUGGAAGAUUCAAAUGCAACAGAUUGCAAUGCUCCAAGUUUUCUGAGGGGUUUCCCGAGCGAGAUGAGCGAGAGCGCCACAUCUCGAACCAUGAAAGGCCUUAUAAGUGCUCUGUACCAGAUUGCUUCGCCUCACGAGUUGAGUAUACCUCACAAAGGGAUCUUGACAAUCAUUAUAAGCGAUUUUUAUUCGGCCGUAAUCUUAAGCAAGUCAACUUCUUUGUGGAAGCUGGGCAUCCCGUUGAUGAGCCAGACAUAACAGGCGGAGCCAUAACUGCGCUAGUGAUUGCGGCGCUAGGUCGACACGCAAGUGUCUGUCAAUAUUUGUUACGACGGGGCGCGAAUGCAUACAAGACACGUCUCGCCAUAUCAGCCCUCGAGAAGGCGAUCAGGAACGAAGACCUUGAGAUAGUCCGACUCUUUCUUGAUUGGCAUGCCGAGUUGGCAGCUAACAUUAGCCAUCUCGCAAACCGAUGCUCGGCAUUGCGUAUUGCCAUCAUGAUUGGGAAUCUCGAACUGUUUGAAACGUUGCUGGGGUACUUUAGGCAAAACCUCAACUUAACUGACAUAACCAGUGUGAUAAACAUUUUAAGACUCAGGACUACCGCCAGGGAUAAAGCCUUGUUGCGGAAUACACUCUGCCGCAUCACCACCCAGGUAUCCUGUCUACAUAGGAUUGUCAAAGAAUUAUUUCCGCAGUUAUACGACCCGGUACAUCAAUCACCCCAACUCUUACCCCUCCACAUUCUGGAACGAUCACAUUUCCACGUCCUCGAGAGCCUGCGAAGCGCGGUGGUGUUGAGCUACGGAUCCCGCGGAUCUCGGCCCAAUAUUCAUGAAAGUUGCCAUAAGAAGCGAUACUUCGUGGCUGAAUUCCUUCUCGACCUCCUCCACUCCCAACGUUUGCUGGAGCGUGAUUCCUUCGGCCUUACCCCUUUGGAGACUUUAGCUUUCGAAUUAGAACCCAUUGACGAGGCUUUGCCCGGCCGCCUCGUUAGCCUCUCUCUCGCAUCUUGGAUAUAA